AUGAAAACAACAACAAAACCACAUAACUGUUGCUAGUAAUUGAUUAUUUUAAUAACAACAAACAAAUCAACAAUAGACAGCACUUUCAUGGAAACUUAGGAAGUAAAAAUGUGACGAACCAUAGAAUAAGGAACCUUUUUUAAUCUUUCUCCUUAUUUCACUAUAAAAAGAGAUUCCAAUUUCAUCACUCUUCACACAUUCAUUCAACAAUUUCAUUCACUUGUAGCUUUUCUCAUUCUCUUGCGUUUAUUUUGCCACCCUUUUAUUAUCUCAUUCGAUAUUUUUUUUCUAAAGAAGUUUCAUUCAAUAUUUGAUCUAUUCUUUCUUUCUGUGCUGCCACUGCCAUAUCAAAUACCACAAGUUGAAGUUUUAAGCUUUUGAAGCAAUGGCGAGUCUUACUCGUUCUACUUCUCUCCGAGAGAGGUUUGAUGAAACUCUCACUGCUAACAGGAAUGAAGUUUUGGCCCUUUUGUCAAGGAUUGAAGCAAAGGGAAAAGGAAUCCUGCAACACCAUCAAGUCAUUGCUGAGUUUGAAGAAAUCCCUGAGGCGAAUAGGCAAAAACUAGUUAAUGGAGCUUUUGGAGAAGUUUUGAGAUCUACUCAGGAAGCCAUAGUGUUACCACCAUUUGUUGCUCUUGCUGUUCGUCCAAGGCCUGGUGUUUGGGAGUAUCUGAAAGUCGAUGUGCACGGUCUUGUUGUCGAUGAGUUGCUUCCUGCUGAGUAUCUCAAGUUCAAGGAGGAGCUUGUUGAAGGAAGUUCGAAUGGCAACUUUGUGCUUGAAUUGGACUUUGAACCAUUCAAUGCCUCUUUUCCUCGACCAACGCUGAACAAGUCAAUUGGAAAUGGCGUUGAGUUUCUCAAUCGCCAUCUUUCUGCUAAGCUUUUCCAUGGCAAAGAAAGCUUGCAGCCACUUUUGGAAUUCCUCAGGCUUCACAACUACAAUGGAAAGACUAUAAUGUUGAAUGACAGAAUUCAAAAUCUGAAUUCUCUUCAACAAGUUUUGAGAACAGCAGAAGAUUAUCUUAUCACCAUUGCUCCCCAAACACCCUACUCGGAAUUUGAACACAAAUUUCAGGAUAUUGGUUUGGAGAGAGGUUGGGGUGACACCGCUGAGCGUGUCCUUGAAACGAUCCAACUUCUGUUGGAUCUUCUUGAGGCACCUGAUCCUUACACCCUCGAGACAUUCCUUGGAAGAAUCCCUAUGGUCUUCAAUGUUGUCAUCCUUUCUCCACAUGGUUACUUCGCCCAAGAUAACGUCUUGGGAUACCCUGAUACUGGUGGACAGGUUGUGUACAUCUUGGACCAAGUUCGUGCCUUGGAGAACGAGAUGCUCAGACGUAUCAAGCAACAAGGCUUGGAUAUCAAACCUCGCAUUCUUAUUAUCACCCGUCUUCUCCCCGAUGCAGUAGGAACUACUUGUGGCGAUCGUCUUGAGAAGGUUUAUGAUACUGAAUAUUGCCACAUUCUUCGAGUUCCCUUUAGAACAGAGAAGGGAAUUGUUCGCAAAUGGAUCUCAAGAUUCGAAGUCUGGCCCUACCUAGAGACUUUCUCUGAGGAUGUUGCCAUGGAACUUGCCAAAGAGUUGCAAGGCAAGCCUGAUCUGAUUGUCGGAAACUACAGCGAUGGAAACAUUGUCGCCUCUCUGUUAGCACAUAAAUUAGGCGUAACUCAGUGUACUAUUGCUCAUGCACUUGAGAAGACCAAGUAUCCAGAAUCUGACCUUUACUGGAAAAAAUUCGAAGACAAAUAUCAUUUCUCGUGCCAAUUUACUGCUGAUCUUUUCGCAAUGAACCACACAGACUUUAUUAUCACAAGUACUUUCCAAGAGAUCGCUGGAAGCAAGGAUACUGUUGGGCAGUAUGAGAGUCACACUGCCUUCACCCUUCCUGGACUUUACCGUGUUGUUCACGGUAUCGAUGUCUUUGAUCCAAAAUUCAACAUUGUCUCUCCUGGAGCUGAUAUGAGCAUUUACUUUCCAUAUACCGAAACUGAGCGUAGGCUGACAUCGUUCCACCCUGAGAUUGAAGAACUUCUCUAUAGCUCAGUGGAGAAUGAGGAGCACAUAUGUGUAUUGAAGGAUCGCACCAAGCCAAUUAUCUUCACCAUGGCAAGGUUGGACCGAGUCAAGAAUAUUACAGGACUUGUCGAGUGGUACGGAAAGAAUGCUCGCCUAAGGGAGUUAGUAAACCUCGUCAUUGUUGCUGGAGACAGGAGGAAGGAGUCUAAGGAUUUAGAAGAGAAAGCUGAGAUGAAGAAAAUGUACGGCCUAAUCGAAACCUACAAAUUGAACGGUCAGUUCAGAUGGAUUUCCUCACAGAUGAACCGAAUUCGGAACGGAGAGCUCUACCGUGUUAUCUGCGACACAAAAGGUGCUUUCGUGCAGCCAGCAAUUUAUGAAGCUUUUGGUUUAACUGUUGUUGAAGCUAUGACUUGUGGAUUGCCAACAUUUGCUACUUGUAAUGGUGGUCCUGCUGAGAUCAUUGUUCAUGGAAAAUCUGGCUACCAUAUUGAUCCUUAUCAUGGUGAUCGCGCUGCUGAGACUAUCGUUGAAUUCUUUGAGAAGAGUAAGGCUGAUCCUUCUUAUUGGGACAAAAUCUCUCAUGGAGGUCUCAAACGUAUUCAUGAAAAGUACACAUGGCAGAUAUAUUCAGACAGGCUUUUGACUCUGACUGGUGUGUAUGGGUUCUGGAAGCAUGUGACAAACCUUGAUCGCCGUGAGAGUAAACGUUACCUUGAGAUGUUCUAUGCACUCAAAUACAGCCAAUUGGCUAAAUCUGUGCCCCUUGCUGUUGAAGAGUAAAAACAAUGAAGAGUGAAAGAUAAUGAAGAGUGAAAGAUAUUGCGGAACCAACAUUUUGUCAUUUGGAGUUGCAUGGAGCUUUUAUUAAAAAUUAAAAAUAAAUAAAACCAAUUGAUUUUGAUAUUGUGAUUAGGUUUUGGAUUGAAAAAAAAACAUGUGUCCUUUUUUAAAUUGUUAGUAUGUUUAGGAUGAAAAAAAAGUAAAAAUAAAUUGUACUUUUCUAAUUGCUUUAUUUGAUAUUGUUGGAAUCUUCAAAUAUGGGGUGUUUACCCAAUAAAUUCAAUUUCAAGAUGUGUCUUCAAUUCAA